GAAAUAAAAACACAAGGAGGUUCAAGGGUCGUAAGAAACACAUCCAGUUACAAUAAACUUUAAAGGGACGUGUUUUGUCAUUUUCCUCUGUAGCAAAUCAAGGAAAGCAACAUAGCUGAGCCCCGGGUAUUCGCCUUUGGGAAAAGGGUCAGGCGGACUUGUAUCUGUCAGUGUCGCGUCUGUGUCUAAGAUAAUGCCCAGAGAUAUAGAAAUGUCUCUGUGGUAAUGCCGGCCCACCGUUAUCAGAGCUGACAGGAAUGAUACGGGUGUUGUCGUCGGAUUUGGCUGUAAUUGGUCAGAGUUUAAUCAAAAGCCUUGAUCAGAAGGUGAGUGCGCCUUGCAGAGGAAACCUAGCGGCUCUGACAGACAGCGGGCUUGGAAAUCUGCUUGCCUUGCAGGUGAUCAUGUCGCGACGACUUCAUGCACGCAGAGUCGAGGGAGUCGAUAAAAACAUUUGGGUUGAAUUCACACAGUUGGCUGCGGACUACAAAGUAGUGAACCUUGGGCAGGGAUUUCCUGACUUCUCCCCACCCAAGUACAUUCAGGAUGCUUUCUGUAAAGCAGUGAGCAGCGGAUGCCCGAUGUACCAGUACACGCGUGGGUUUGGCCACCCCCCUCUAGUGAAAAUCCUGGCUAAGUUCUUCAGUAGGAUUGUGGGACGUGAGAUUGAUCCUUUCGAUGACAUCCUGGUCACCGUUGGAGCUUACCAGGCUCUCUACUGUACAUUUCAGGCACUGGUUGAUGAAGGGGAUGAGGUCAUAAUUGUGGAACCGUUCUUUGACUGUUACCAGCCGAUGGUGAAGAUGGCUGGAGGAAAGGCUGUUUAUGUACCUUUGAGACCACGAGCUGAGGGCGGCAAGACUGUGUCAAGUGGGGACUGGACACUUUCUGCUGAAGAGCUGUCCAGCAAAAUCACACCGCACACAAAAGCCGUAGUUAUCAACACUCCCAACAACCCACUAGGCAAGGUGUACAAGACAGAGGAGCUGCAAAUGAUUGCUGACCUGUGCAUCAAGCAUGACAUGGUGUGCAUCACUGAUGAGGUGUAUGAGUGGCUGACUUAUGAUGGAGCCAAGCAUGUGAAGAUAGCCAGCCUUCCUGGCAUGUGGGAACGGACCAUCACUAUCGGAAGUGCUGGAAAGACCUUUAGCGCCACAGGGUUGAAGGUUGGCUGGGCUAUUGGUUCUGGGCGUGUCAUGAAACACCUGAAAAUCAUCCAUCAGAACUCUGUUUACCACACUGCAACAGCUGCUCAGGAGGCAGUGGCCCAUGGUUUCCAAAAAGAAUAUGAGCACUUUGGGACACCAGAGAGCUACUUCCAGCAGCUGCCCGAGCAGCUGCACCACAAACGCAACAAGCUGGCCUCGUGUCUUGAGAGUGUAGGUUUGCAGCCCAUCAUGCCAGAGGGAGGAUAUUUUAUGAUAGCAGACACUUCUUCCGUCAAGGUUGACUUCAAUGACCCAAGUACUAAGGAUGAACCCCAUGACUUCAGAUUUGUGAAGUGGCUAAUCAAAGAGAAGGGUUUGGCAACAAUUCCAGUCUCAGCGUUUUACAGUCCAGAGCACAGAAAGGACUUUGAAAACUACAUACGCUUUUGUUUUGUCAAGGAGGACUCAACUCUGAGUGCAGCAGAGGACAUCCUGAGAACGUGGAGUAAGAGCAAGUGAAAUAACCAGCACUGGGACGCACACAGUUCUGCAUUAUCCAUCCGUCCAGAUUUAACUGAGCGAUUACAGUUUUUUGGGUUGGCUCAUCAAAUAAACUGAGGCGUAGUCGUCCGUUAUUGUUCUCACUGUACUGUUAGCAACACAGCAACAUAACCUCAACCUGCAGCUCUUCCACAUAUUAACUUCAUAUGGAGACUUCAGGAAAUAAAACUUGUCAGUGAUAUGUUUGACUACUUAUUUGAAAAGUACAUUGUGAGUUAAAAUUUCUCAGGAUUUUUAAUCUGCUUAAAUGAUGUAUUGUACCUUUUAAUUGCACAAAUCUCUGUCAUCCACCAAGUGGCAUCAACUGUAUGGAAAAUAAAGUGGUGAAUGAAUCCACAUUUAUAGCAAUAAAA